AUGACCUGCGAGCGUGAGCGGAUUCUCAGCACUUUCAUGCUCCGAAAGAAUUCUGUACCAGACAACCAAUCCGGCGAAAAGCUUCAUCUGGAGGAGGUCUCGACUAUGAAUCUGGUGCUACUCAUCGUCCAUGCUUGUGAAGGAUACGUGCGAAUGUCGGUGUAUCGAAACGGAAAGCUGUUGAAACGGAGCGAACCGUUCUCGGGUUUCAGACGGUUUUUGGUGGUGAAUAUUCACUCGGGCCAACUUCGAUUCCAAAUCAGUAACGAUGACGCGAAACCAAAGACCGUUCACCUUUGGGCAAGACCCAGGCCGAUCAAUCGCCAUAUCCGAAAUUGCCCGAGGACACAAGCGAGGUUGCCCGAGAAGUGA